GGGGGCGGGCUCCCGGUCCCGCUGUCUGCGGCCGGCGGGCAGGCGACUCCUGUCCCGAGUGGAGGCGGCGGAGCCGGAGCCGGGGGAGGGGGCAGCGGCUGAUAGAAGGACCGCGGCGGCGCCCGCAGCUCCUCACCGGUACACACGCUGCCACUCAACAACUACACACUGUCCCUGCCAGCCUCACUGCCACACAGCCGUACAGGCGCUCACAUCAUUCAGCCAGACAUUGCUGCACCUGAGAGCAGGUGGCCACUGCACUCUACACCUGGGGAUCUGGUCCAGCUCCCUGGGCACGAGACAGGCCUUGCUGUGCCACGGCCUCUGGGAAUCUGAGGAGGUGGCUUCCAGAGCUUCAGCGUCCCAAGCAGGCUCCGGUGGAGCGAUCAGAGGUGAGGGGCUUGGCUGGGCAUGUUUAAGCGCACAGUGCUGUCCUGCCCACCCCCAGCAGCACCCCCACUGCAGGCUCGAGGAGCUUUCCGGAGCUUCCCACACUUCUGGGGAGAAGACUUCUUAGCCAGCUUGAUGUUUAAAAUUCAGCUGGAGCCCUUAAAACUUCGAGCGUGGACGCUGAAUGGGUUUGUAAAGUUUCGAAACAAGGAGCCCAGCACCGGUCCAGUGGCUGUGAUGGGAAAAGAUUAUUACAAGAUUCUUGGAAUCCCAUCUGGGGCCAAUGAGGAUGAGAUCAAGAAAGCCUAUCGGAAGAUGGCCUUGAAGUACCACCCAGACAAGAACAAAGAGCCCAACGCUGAGGAGAAGUUUAAGGAGAUUGCAGAGGCCUACGAUGUGCUGAGUGACCCUAAGAAACGGAGCCUGUAUGACCAGUAUGGCGAGGAAGGCCUCAAGACCGGCGGUGGUUCCUCAGGUGGCUCCGGUGGCUCCUUUCACUACACCUUUCAUGGGGACCCUCAUGCCACCUUUGCUUCCUUCUUUGGUGGCUCCAACCCCUUCGAUAUCUUCUUUGCCAGCAGCCGCUCCACUCGGCCCUUCAGUGGCUUUGACACAGAUGACAUGGAUGUGGAUGAAGAUGAGGACCCAUUUGGUGCCUUUGGCCGCUUUGGCUUCAAUGGGCUGAGUAGGGGUCCAAGGCGAGCCCCAGAACCACUGUACCCCCGGCGCAAAGUUCAGGACCCCCCUGUGGUGCAUGAGCUGCGGGUGUCCCUGGAGGAGAUCUACCAUGGGUCCACCAAGCGCAUGAAGAUCACGAGGCGGCGCCUCAACCCUGACGGGCGAACUGUACGCACCGAGGACAAAAUCCUACACAUUGUCAUCAAACGUGGCUGGAAGGAAGGUACCAAGAUUACCUUCCCCAAAGAGGGCGACGCCACACCUGACAACAUCCCCGCUGACAUUGUCUUCGUGCUCAAAGACAAGCCUCAUGCACACUUCCGCAGAGAUGGCACCAACGUGCUCUACAGUGCACUCAUCAGCCUCAAGGAGGCGCUGUGUGGCUGCACCGUGAACAUUCCCACCAUUGAUGGCCGAGUGAUCCCUUUACCCUGCAAUGAUGUUAUCAAGCCAGGCACCGUGAAAAGACUCCGUGGGGAGGGACUUCCCUUCCCCAAGGUGCCCACUCAGCGGGGAGACCUCAUUGUUGAGUUCAAAGUUCGAUUCCCAGACAGAUUAACCCCACAGACACGGCAGAUCCUUAAACAGCACCUACCCUGCUCCUAGGCUCGCCCUGGCCAGUCUGGAGCCUACCACAGCAAUACCCCCACACUCACUCCAUCUCAUGUGGACCCGGCUGGAUGUCCACUGGACACUGGCACUUUUCUAAAAUGCAAAGCCACUGAUUUUCAGGAAAAUGUUCCUGUUCCCGACCCCUUUCAGAGCUGGGCUGCUUUGGGGGAAUGGGAGGGCGGUGGGGAGAGCUAGCCCAGAUCAGGGGUCAAUUUUCUGUCACGUGCUUUGAAUCCAGUUUCCACUGCAGUGGCUGGAGAGUGACUUGAGAGCUACUCGGAGCUAUAGAUUCCUUGUCCUGCCUGUAAAUAGCAUGUCCUCCUCCCUCUGAGCCUUGCUAACACCUUUCCUCCCCCUUCCCUUUGGCUUCCUCCUGUUUCUGGAGAAAGAGGAUAGAAAGGAUACCACUUCCCACCCCACCCCAGGUCUGUAGUGUCCAAGGCUAUUGCACAAGUGUCCGUGCACAUGAAGCACUCGCCAAAACGGUCUGUGUCUCUCUAGGAGACUGGAAAGGAGGGCCACGACCUGUGAACAAGGCUGCCCUUUGAGCACGAGACACUUUUCAUUUGGGGCAGGGAGGUGAGCCAAUACGCAGGAGCCUCCCCAACAGCUGCCCUGCCCGCACCCCACAGAGUUGGAGGACCUGUCCCCUCAGUUGCUUGGGGGAGUGUUCAAGGGUGGAGAAGAAAAGAGGGGCUGAACCACCCCAGCUAACAGGUGGAGCAGGACCCAUCUCCCAGCCAUCAUCGGGAAGGGAAAGGGCUUUGGGGUCAGGUGGCAGCUGUUCCCCACCAAGAGAUUCAGGAUCACAGGUUUCUCCCCACAUCUCUGAACUCAGGGCCUAGCCACCCCAAACUUCCAAGCCCCACUUUUGUGAGAUGUGAAGCUACUUAUUUCUUACUUUUCUUGGAGGCUGUGUCGGAAAUUUCCAGCCCCUCUCUGCCUGUGUGACCCCCACCCCACCCCACUCCCACAGUUGUAUAAAAGUCAAAUAGUGAAGGAGCUGGGAGAAAACGGCUUCAGCUGGUCCUGGGGUGGGGUCUUUAGGUUUUCUCACUUUGACAAGCCCCUGAAUGUUUUUAUAGUAGUUUUUUGUAUUUUUUUGUAAUGACAGUAUUAUGAAAAAAAUAAAGUAUUUUAAAAAUAUAGCCUCUGAGCAGAAGGAGUAACCCUGGUGCAGGCAGGAACACAGUGUCACUGUCAGCCUUCUUCCAGGGCCCUGGUCACCCCAGGAAAGCCAGUCAACCUCAGUAUACGCCGAAGCUCACCCCUUCUUCCUGUAAGCUAUGACUUCUUGGAAUUCUAGAACAUAUACCCCAAACAAUAAAGCUAGAAGCCACAGGCAA